GCUUUCAUUUUACUAAUAAACACAAAAUAUCUAUUGAAUAAGUGCUUUUAACAUAACAUGUCUCCAAAUUGAUUCUAUAAUCUAAACAUGGCUUUCUCUCUGCUUCCCUUUCUCCUCUACUCACUGUUUCUGCAAUCCAUCAGUGUUGCAGCUCAAACCAAAAGUACUAUAGCCAUUGGUGAUUCUUUUACUGCAGAUAGUAGCACCUCUCCAUGGUUGCUUUCACCUUCUGGUGACUUUGCCUUUGGUUUUCUUCCACUCAAAGACACUAAUCUAUUUUUGCUUUCCAUUUGGUAUGCAAAAAUUUCUGAGAAAACUGUUGUAUGGUAUGCCAAUGGAGAUAGUCCUGCACCAAAAGGGUCAAAAGUUGAACUCACUGCCAAAGAUGGGUUGGUGCUAACUUCUCCAAAUGGUGUCAGGUUAUGGAACACCGAGGGACUCAAUAGUGCAGUUUCUCGCGGUGUGUUCAAUGACACCGGCAACUUUGUGCUUGAGGAUGGUCAUUUCAACAGUCUUUGGGAAACUUUCAAGUUUCCUAGUGACACCUUGUUGCCUUCUCAGGUUGUUGAAAAAGGAAGAAAGCUUUCUUCAAGGCUUAAGGAGACAGAUUUCAGUAAAGGAAGGUUCGAGCUUCUUUUGCAAAGUGAUGGUAAUCUUGUUAUGCAUUCUAUUAAUUUACCAUCUGGUUAUGUUAAUGAAAACUACUAUGAAAGUAAAACUGAUGGAUCCGGUACAUCAAGUGCUGGAACUCAACUGGUUUUUGACAGAUCAGGGAACUUGUAUGUCUUGGGAGAGAACAAUGACAAAUACAAUGUGUCAGGAGAAGAGAGUAAAGUCUCUACCAUAGAUUUUUAUGUUAGAGCAACUCUUAAUUUUGAUGGAGUUUUCACAUUUUUCAAGCAUCCAAAGAGUUCAACUAAGAGUGAAGGUUGGACCACAGUAUGGUCCAAACCUGAUAAUAUAUGUCUUUAUACUGUCAGUUCUGGUAGUGGAGUUUGUGGAUAUAAUAGUUUCUGCACUUUGGGACAGGAUAAGAGACCAAUAUGCCAGUGUCCAAAAAGUUACUCACUGGUUGAUCCUGGUGAUCCGUAUGGUAGCUGUAAGCCAGAUUUCAUACAAGGAUGUGUAGGAAGAAACGAUCUCUAUGACUUUGAUAUUUUGAUUGACACUGAUUGGCCUUUAUCAGAUUAUGUGCUUCAAAGGCCUUUUACUGAAGAACAAUGUAGGAAUUCUUGUUUGGAAGAUUGCUUUUGUUCUGUGGCUAUUUUCAGGUUAGGUGAUAGUUGUUGGAAGAAGAAGUUGCCACUGUCAAAUGGGAGAGUUGAUGCAACUCUUAAUGGUGCUAAGGCCUUCUUGAAAGUGAAAAAAGCUAAUGUUUCCCUUGGUUGAGGGUGACAUUGGAGAUGAGGAUUAGUUGGAGAAAUUGGUAAUGGUUGUUAUUUGGUGUGUUGAUUUGAUAUCUAAAUAAGCAAAAUAAAUGCUAAUGCUAAUCCUUGGUAAGCAAGAUUAGCAGCUAGUGCUAAAUGCUAGUCUUUCUGGUGUUGUGAAAACUUAAAAGUGAAUUUUACCUUUUUUUUUGUAUUUGUCUUUGGAUCAAGCUGUGGUUUUAUGUUACUAUUUGAGGUCAAGAUUUGUAAUUAAUUUGCAUGAGUAAAUUUGAUUACAUUGUUGUUUUGUUUUGGAUAAA